GCAAUGGAGAUGGCGGUUUAGGGUGCGAAAUUCGAAAGCCCAGUGUAUUCAAGAAAAUAAGGGUUAAUCCGGCGUAAGCCAGGAUGAGUUGGGUAGCAGAUGAAUGGAAGGAUGGGCUACCCCCACGGGCUCUACAGAAGAUCGAACAGCUAGAAAAACAGUUUGAACGCAUUAAAAAAGAGAGAGAACAGAAGCAAUUUCAGUUGGAGAGUUUGGAACAGGCAUUACAAGCUCAGAAGCGGAAAACUGAGGAAGAAAAGAACCAACAAGGGGUGCUUAAACGUGAAGCGCAGUCUUUGUCUGAGACAUGUGAGGACCUAGAGAAGAAGCGGCAGAAGCUUGCCCAGGAUAUUCAGACAAAGACAAAUCAUGUGUCAUGUCUCGAAGGCCAACUGUCACAUGCUAAGCAGUCACUGGAUGCAGAGACUAACAAGGUGUCCCAACUGAAGACAGAGCUAGACCAUGCUCAACACGAGCACCUUGAAGCUGUCAAGAAGUUUGAGAAACUGACGUCCGACCACAGUCGCCUGCAGGAGUUCAGCAACCAUCAGAAGAAACAACUGGAGGACCGCAUCCGUUCACUGGAGGCUGACCUGCGCCAGGAUGGGCAGAGAAUAGGUGGAAAUGGAGGAGGGGGGAAACAGGUGCCCUCACCUACCGCCAUAUCACCAAAUGUGUCAAACGCUGAAAUAAGUACAUUGAAGAAUCAACUAGCAGAGCUGACGUCACUCCGCCAAAAGGAUCUAGAUGAUCAGAAGAAGCUGCAGGAUGAACUCAAGACUUUGCAGUCACAGGCUGGUACUGAUAUGAGCAAGACUAUCUCUGAGCUAGAGCACCUGCGCCGAGAGAAUCAGAGCCUGACUCUGAAGCUGGAGAACCAGAGUGCCGCCACUAACAACCGCGUGCAGCAGAUGGGACAGAGUCUUCAGGACAACCAGGGCAUGACCGGCAUGCAGCUCGACAAGAUGGAGCAGGUCAUGGGCAAACUUAAGAAAGAGAACGAAGCAAUCAAGAAUGGCAGUGCUAACCUGGAACUACAGAUCCAGGCAAAGACGAAGGAGCUGCAUGACAACAAUGGUCGCCUGCAGAAGAUGCAAGUGGAAUUGAACAAAGCUGAGGCCAUGGUUGGGGACAAGGAGAAGCAGGUCAACCAGCACCGCGACGAAAUUGGAAAACUGAAAGUUCAGAUUGAGCAGACAAACAACAAGGUCUUGGACCUAGAAACAAAGAGCAAGAAGCUGCAGCUGGAGGUGGAAACGACGCGCCAUAACGCUGAUGCUGCUCGGAUAUCACAGGAACAGAAACUGAAGGAGCGAGAGAAGGAGUUGAACAAGGAUAUAGCUCAACACAUGGAUGCUGCUCGGGCUGGGGAGAGACUGCUGGCCGAGACGAAGAAUAAGAUGCAGCAGGAGAUCAAACAGGGCGAGGCGGAGCAGAACCGCCUGAAGUCUCAGUGUGAGAAGCUGGAGCAGGAGAAACAGCAGCUGCAGAAGGAGAAGAAGGACCUGACAGACAAGCUGGCGGCCAUUGACCACGCCCUCAAGACACACGAUGCCUCCAUAGCAGCCAUGCAGAAAACUGUUGAUGAAGCAAUCGCUGAAAAGAACAAGGUCCUCCGUGAGAUGGAGGAGACGCAGAGAAAGAUGGAGGCCACUCAGGAGCAGACAAACAAGAUGAAGGAGACCACGGACCGAGUAGACCAGGCUAACAAUGAUCUGCGGGCCAAGAUGAUGGACAAGGAUCUUGAGCUUGAGAGUGCUACUGCUGAGUGUGAACGUCUGGCUGCCAGGCUUGAGGCCGAGACUGGACAGAUGCAGAAGAAGAUGAAGGAGUUGGAGGCAGGAAAGGACGAAGCAGAGGCCGGCCUCUCCAUGUCCAAGCUGGAUGUUCUGAAACUUAACAAGCAGUUUGUGGACCUCAAGUCGGAGAAGCAGGGCGUGGAGCAGGCACUGGAGGAGAAGGAGAAGGAACUGGCUAAAAUGACGGCCCAGAAAUGUGAGAUGGAGAGACUUCAUGAUGGCAUGAAGGGGCAGCUCGACCAUCAGGCUGACCGGUUUGACAAGCUUGCCCGUGAUCUGACUGAGAAAGAAAAUGAACUUAAGGACCUAACGAACAGUCUCUGUCAGCGUGAUGCAGAGCUGCACAAGAUGAAGAACCUGAACGAUGAGAAGGAUUUGACUCUUCAGAACAAAGCCUCCAUGGUGGAAUCCAGGGAACAAGAAAUUCACAGACUUAAGGACUCACUCAAGGAAAUGGAUGAGCAAAUGUCAGAAAGGAAGAAGGACUUUGAUAUGGAGAUCAAGAAUGCAAAGGAUUCCGUGAACCAAGCCCAGCAGGACAUUGGUCAGUUGCAGAAGGAGCUGACCUCUACCAAGCAUGAGUGGUCAACACUGAGGACACAGGUGGAGGAACUGAAAUCUCAGUUGGACCACCAACAACAGUGCCUUGCUGAACGGGACGAGGAGAAUGGGUCACAAAAGAAAGAAAUUGAGAAGUUGAACCAAGAGAUUAAAGAGACCUGUCAUUCUACAGAAGUAAGAGCCAAGUCCCUUCAGGAGGAAAAGAGCAAGCUUGAGAAGCACUAUGAAGCUGUGUUGUGUGAAAAGGGGGAAGAAAUGGAGUCUAAGGUGUCUGAAAUGAAUAAACUGAUGCAAGAACUGGAUAAGGUGAGGCACUGUUUCUCGGAACAGCAGAGGGAACAUGACAAGUUGAAGUCCAAGCACAGGGAACUGAAUGAAGAGAAGGACAAUGUAGAGAAGACCUGUUCCGGCCUGGGUGAGCAGAUCGAGGACCUGAACACCCAGAUUUCUGACAUCCAGACUGAACAUCACACACAGAUGCAGAAUGUCAAGACCCAGUCUCAAACCAUGCAGGACAGCUUUGACAAACUAGAGGCAGAGCACAAGAGUGCCUGUGACAAGCUGUUGUCGGGAGACAACCGUAUGACGGACCUGCAGGAGAAUAUGCAGGUGCUUGAACAGGAGAGGGAAGUCCUGGGGAAGAGGCUGGAUCACUCCGAGAACACUAUCAAGCAGUUGCAGGAGACACACAGCUCUCAGGAUGUGACUAUAGAGAAGUUAAAGGCAACUUUGGCUGAGAAGGAAGAGGCUCUUGAUCUUCUCACUCGGGAGUUUGAGGCCAAAACCGGCACUCUCCAGCACCAGGACAACCAGCUCAGAGAUUCACAAAGCCACUGGGAGGAGCAGGAGCGAAGACUGAGGGCCAGCUUGCAGGAGAAGAGUGAGGAGAUGGCGGCCAUGGGUCAGCAUCUCAUUCAGGUGGAGAAGGAACUGGGUGAGCUGAAGGAAGAGCACACCCGGCUCCUGGAUUCGACACAGCAGAGCCAGGAUCUCCAGGCGAGGAAGGGAGGAGAAAUAGACUCGCUACAAUCCAAGUUGACAGCUCAAGAGGCCGAGAUGGCUGGGCUGGGAGAGAAGCUGUCUCAAAGUGAGACCAACUUUGAGACACUGAAAUCACAACAUGAUCACCAGAAAGAACAGUAUGAAGCCCAGUGUCAACAGCUGCAGAAUCUGACUGAGAUCAUGACAUCCAAGGGUGAUGAAUGGGAGAAGAAUAAAAAGGAGCUCAGUGGAUCUAACUCCAGCCUGUCGGAAGAAGUUGCAACUCUCAAAUCUGAAUGUGAAGAUUUGAACAGGAAAUUACAACAGGCGCAAUCUGCUUUGUCCCAGAGAACAGCAGACAUGGAGGAACUUCAGUCCCAACAUACUGAGCUCCGUUCAGAAUCUGAAAAGAACCUUGAUACCAUGUCUGAGGAGGAGCUUAGUCUGAAGGAGAAACUGAGGCAGAUGGAAGAUGAGAAGGAGAAAUGUGACACUCUGUUGAAGCAGAAGGAUUGUGAUAAGGAAAACUUGGUGAAAGAGAUGUCCGAAAUGAAACAGCAGAAUGAACAGAUGCAGGCAAAGCUGGACAUGAUGCAGAUGGACUUUGAAGACCAGGGUGAUGAUGUAGGGGAUCUCACGGAAAAACUACAACAGGCUCAGCAGGGAGUGGAGGCUCUCAAAAAGACUGUAGAAGAAAAGAUGUCUCAACUUGCCGAAAAGCAGAAAGAAAUAAUGGCAUUAUCGGAAGAACUGGAAAAAUCCAAGCAUGAGCUUUCUGCCAUGACCAACACCGUUACUGAGAUGAAACUUGAAGUUGAACAGCAGACAUCCAUUUCUCUGGAGAGGAAGUCCAGGAUGGAAGAAGAGAGUCAAAAUUUCUCUGAACUGUCAAACGAAUGUGAUUGUCUUAAGAAAUGCUUGGAUGAGGAAACAAGUAAGAACAUUGAUAAUCAAAAGGAAAUUGAGAAAUUGAACAACUGCCUAAGUGACAUGGAAGGCAAACUAGCUGUAAUGAAGAGUCAGAUGGAUGUAAAGGAAGAGACUGUCCGUGAUCUGGAAGUGAAAUGUGCCAGAAUGUCAGAGACUGAUGACGUGACAAGAAAAGAGCUUCAGGAGAAGGAACAGCUGGUCGUUAAACAGAAGGAUUCCCUGACGUCGCUGGAAGAAAAGCUGAAGGUGCUUGUCUCCGAAAAGGAACAACAAUCUGCUGAACUUGGGCAGGAACUCCAAACUCUAAAAGGCAAGUGGGAUUCUCAGGAAGAAGUGCUUGAUGGUAAACAGGAAGAACUGAGCACAUUGCAAGGUCAUCACAGUGAGCUCCAAGAUGUUUUGCAGAAGACAAAAGAUGGUUUGAAACAGAAAAACGAAGAAUUAGAGAAAGUCUCUAAGGAAUGUGACCGACUUCAACAGUGCCUUGACAAGGCACAGACUGACAUGGAAGAGAAGGACAAAUCAAUGCAGACAAUGAAAGAUUCGGUUACAUCACUAGAAAGUAAACUUGCACAGUAUGCCAAGGCCAAAGAGGAAGAAGGUAGCAGGUUAGAUCAGGAGUCGAACACUCUCAAAUCAAACAUGGAAAUGCUUCAGAUGGAUCUUGAAGACAAAGAUGCCUGUAUUGAGGACCUCACUAUGAAAGUCAAUAACCUGCAGGAGACAGUAGAUGUACUGAAGAAAGAUCAUGAUACACUGAGUAUAAGUAACAAACAGCUCCAGGCACAGAGAGACAAGAUGGCUGGAGAUCUGGAAGAAAGACAGUCGGAAGUUAUACAGCUUGCUGCCAGUGUGGAAGAAUGUGCCCAAAAAGCUGGAAAUGUCAAAGAAGAACUGCAUGGUAAGGUGGCUGCCAUCGAGGAACAGAAGGCUCAACUCUUGGCAGAACAAAAGGACAUCAUCAACAAAAUGGAAAAACUGGAAAAUGACCUCAGUGCUAAAGAGGAACAGAUUUCAGAGAAGGAAUUGCAACUUGAGAAUAUAAGAAUUGAACACAGUGAAACAUUGAAAAGGUUGUCAGACACUGAUCUCACAUUGUCUGAGUUGAAGAAGCAGAUGUCUGAUUCAGGAAUGUCAUUAGAGAGAACAUCAGAGGAAAGAAACACCCUUCUCGAGAAGGUCACUGAUCUGGAGAGUGACAGGUCAUCACAAGCAGCCAAUAUUACAGCCUUAGAAAGGAGCAUCGAUGAUAAGCUGAGCGAGAUCUGUAAUUUGAGAGCUGUGCUUGAUGGCAAAGAAAAGAGCGAGGAAGAUUUGAAGACUGAGAUUAAGUCCUUGGAAGAAGAAAUGGCUCAAAGUAGAAGGUCAUUCGAUGAUGACCUGCAUGAGAAAGCAUCUGCCAUUCAAAAACUUGAAGAGAAACUUUCUACACUCGAAGAUACUUUGAAGGAUGCAAAUCAUGAAAUUAAGGCAUUGAAAUCAGCAAAGGAGUGUCUAGACGAAGCAGCAGACACUGCAGAAGACAAUCACAAGGCUAAAUACCAGAGACUUGACACGGAGAAGAGUCAGCUGGAGUGUCGUCUUAAAGAAGCAGAACUGAAAGAGGUUGAGCUGAGAGCAGAAAUUAACACUGCUCAGGCUGCCCUUGAGCAAGAGCAGAUUCAGAGGCAAGAGCUGGAGAAAGAGCAUGACUCUAACAUGGCCAACAAGGGCAAGGAGCAGGAAAAGAUGCAGCAAGCUCUGAAAGCACAAGAAACAAGAAUAGAUGAACUUCUGGCUGAUAUAUCCACUAAAGAUGGAAAACUGUCAGAACUUGAGCAGAAAGUUCUUCAGGAAGCAGAUCUCCAGGGUUACUACAUGACAAAAUAUGAAACAGACACUGAAAGAAAUUCGGCCAAAAUGCAAGAAAUGGAACAAACUCUGUCUUCACUUGAAAACAAACUGAGUGACAGUGAGGGCAGCAGGUUGCUGUUGGAGAGAGAUAGUUAUGACCAGCUUAAUCAAAAGGAAACUGAGUUGAAAGAAAUGAAAGCAAAACUGGAAACUGAAGAGAACAGAACAAGGAACACUGAACUGCAAAAGGAAGAAGAAAUCAAAAUACUGAAGAAUGAUUUGGAAUCCAAAAGGGAAGAGGUUCAGUUGGAACUUGAAGUAUCAGCUAAGAAGCAGUCUGAUCUUGAAACUGAGCUUGAAUCUCUCAGGAAGCAAUAUCAGAAUCUGCAAGAUGCCCACAACAAUGCCUCUGUUAAAGGUGCCUCGAACAUUGCUGAAGUGCAGCAGUCCUUGGACUCUCUGCAGGCGGUCAAGGAAGGACUUGAGCAAGAGAAGGAGAAACUGUCUGAGGACCUGGAGCAGCUGCAGCAGCAGCUGGAGCAGAAGGAUCACAGCUUGACGAAGCUGCAGACAGAAGUGGAUAACACAAACUUGCUGAUGAACAAGACCGAGACAGACUACCUAAGUGAAAAGCAGAUGCUCGAGUCUAAACUUGCUGACAUUACUUCUGAGUGUGAUCAAUUGCAACAAGAUCUGAAACAUGCUGAAAUGAAGAUUGAAGCUUUCACAUCUGCUGACAAAGAGAAGGAGGGUGAGUUGUUGACCAAGGUGUCGAAACUCCAGCAACUAGAAGAUGAAAUGGUUGUUGUUAAAGAAGAAGUGUUGGUGUUAACUUCCAAGGUUGAAAGUCUUGAAGCCGAAACAGAAUCAUUGAAAGAACAAAACUCAAAAUUAAAUGCUGAACUGAAAGACUCAUUAACGUCAAGCGCUCUACUUGAAAAGAAGUUAGCAGAUUCUCAAGGUGACCUUGAAACACUGGAGAGGACCUAUGAAGAAGCAAGUGCUAAACUAGAGGGGAAAAACUCUGAUUUGACAGAACGGUCCAGUGAGAUGAAAACACUCACGUCUGAAAGGGAUCACCUGAAAAUUCAAGUUGAGAGCACAGAGAAACAUCUUGAAGAGGUACAAGCUGAGUACAAAGAUGCUAUUCAAGAGUUCAACACAGAAAAGGCAUCCUUGGCUGACAAACUGGAGGAGCAGAAACAGCAGGCUGUUGACCUACAGACUCGGAUACAGUCCCACAACGCAGAGAAGGACAUGUUGGAAAACAAGGUCUUGGAUCUAGAAGAACAGGUCAAGGCCGUCUCAGCAGAGAACUCGCAACUAGCAGCUGCAGCUGAUACAUCAAACGAACUUGCCAAACACAACAAGUCGAAGGAAGAAGAAGCUGCAGUUGUGAUGAAGUCACUGACUACUGAACUUGAACAUUUAAAAUCUUCUGUUGAAAGUCUAGAGCAGGAGAAGAUUGUACUUGAAGAUAAGUGCUCAACAUCUGAAUCCUGUGCACUGGAAAAAGAGGAACAGAUUAAGGCAAUGACUGCAGAUUUGAAGAAUGUGAGCAAGAAAGUUGAAGAAAGCAAUGCUACUGUUGACAGACUUAGGACUGACAUUGAUAGUUUGAACAAGACCAUUGCUGACAUGGAACUGUCAUCGGAGGAGCUGAAGUCUGGGAUUCAGCAGGAGAAAGAAAAUGUACGAUUAAAAGAACUUGAAAAAUCUGACCUUGAGAAGAAAGUUACUCAACUAGAAAUGAGAAUAGAAGAAUUUGCAAGUGAAUCAAAUGAUUCAUCGACAAUGAUGAAAGAUAUCCUAGAAGAUAAGACCUCUCAGAUCAAUACACUCUCUGAAGACAUCUGUAAUGCAAGGACUGACAUUGAAGCUCUAAAGACAGAAUUGAAACACAAAGGGGCCUCCCUUGAAAUGAAAGAGAAAGAGGUUUUGAGUACUCAAGAAGAACUGUUGAUCGCAGAAAACAACAAACAGUCCUUUGAGGAACAGGUGACAACUCUUCAGGGGGAGAAGGCUGCCCUCCAGGAUCAGGCGCAGAGACUAGAGUCCACCAUUAGAGAGAUGGAAAGCAGUCAGACUCGCAUGGAGGAAGAGAUGCAGGGAACGCAGUCGGCACUGCAGAGCACACAAACCUUCUCCGACACCAUACAGGAGCAGGUGGACCAGCUCACCCAAGACCGGAGUACUAUGCAGGAUAGUGUGGUCAAACUGAAAGCUGAGAAGGCCGAUUUAGAAGCCAGACUUGAGGCAUCCAAUCAGGAGACUGAGGACCUGAAGCUUCAUCUCCAGCAAGUCAGUGAGCAGAAGACAGAAUCUGUUGACAAGUUGAGUGAGGAGGCUGCCAGUUGCAAAGAAGAAAUGGAUCUUUUGAGAAAACAGAAAACAGACCUUGAGGCAUCCACUAGAACUUUGAUGGAGCAAGUUGAAGAACUUGAGAAACAACUUGCAGACAUCAAGAGCAGUAGCCAUGAGGAAAAGGAAAAUCGUUCUGAAGAAAUUGAAAAGAUGUGUGAAUCUAUGAAGAAACUCAAUGAGGAGUUAUUGCAGAAGGAAACAGAAUUAGAAAAUGCUUGUAAAUGUACCUCUGUGUUGGAAGAGAAAUUGAAAGCUUCAGAAACACAAAAUUGUCAACUAAGAGCUGAAGUUGAUGCUAAGAUGGCAGAUCUUGAUGCCAUCAUUGAUGAAAGAGAUCACAUGUGUAACAAAGUGAAGUCACUUGAGAAUGAACUACAGAUGUUAGAGACAAAGUCCAGCUCCAUAAAUAGUGAACUGGCAAAAAGAAUAGAAGAAUUUGAUAUCGUGAGUGUUGAGAGGAUGGAACUUCAAGAGUCUCUGAAAACUCUCACCAGUGAGAAAGAAGAACUGGAUAGGAAGCUUGACAUACAACUCACUUUCCUAGAAACAGCUAAAGAGACGAUUGAGGAACUACAGGGUGCCUUGGAUUCGCAGUCACUCAGUGAAGCAGAGCACCAAAUGCAGGAAGACACUUUCAAGGGGGAUAUAUCAAGACUUGAAAAAGAUAAAGAAUUAAUAGAGAAGGAAAAGAAAGAGCUAGAGGAGAAGGUCAAAGAUCUGUUGGAAGAAAAGUCUAAGUUUGAGGCGGACAAUGAAUCAUUCAUGUCUGCUAACUGUCAGAUGAAGGAUCAGGUGAACAGUGCAGAGAUGGAAAUGGCGGCACUGAGAGAGGGAUGCCUGAAGCUGCAGGACUUCAUGAAGAAGAAUGAAAAGGACAGCAGCAAGAGCAGCGAGAAGCUUCAGGAGACAGAGAAGCUGCUCCAGGUGGCGCACGCCAAGGUGGAGGAGCUAGAGGAUCACGCCAAGACGCUCUCUCAGGACAAGUCUGAGCUGAAGGUGCAGCUGGACACUGUGCUGAAGGAGAAGAGUAGUGCAGAGGCUGACAUUGACAUGUUCAAAGACGCCAUGGAGUCCAUGGAGAUGGAGGUCUCCUCUCUGGAAAUGGAGAAGGCUAACUUCAAGACAGAAAGUGAAAGUUUGAAGAAAGAAUGUGAUGAACUAGUUUGGAAACUUGGUGAGAUGAAAAAGGAACUGGAGAAAUUGGAAAGUACGAGAGAUGCUGUGGAUGAGAAAACUGAAGCUGAUUUGCAAAAAUUCCGGACUGACAAUGAGAGAUUGAAUGUGUGUGUGGAAUCACUGAAUGCUGAAAUAAUGGAGAACCAGGAAAGGUAUAAGAAGAUUUGUGAUAGUGAGAAUGGAUUAAGAGAUGAUAAUAGAAAUCUUAAGACUAAAGUGAUGUCACUUGAAAAAGAUCUUGAAACAGAAAAAUUGAAGUGUCAGUCAGUGGCUGAGGAAAUUUCGUCUUUAAAACAAAAUGUUGACGAAAUACAAACAGUUAAAUCUCAGGUGGAGAAGAAGUACAGUGCUCUCAGCAAAGAAAAUGAAGAUCUGCUGAGUCAGUUCCUUGCAAUAGAAGAAAGAACUGGACAACUGUCCAAUGAGAAAAGUGCACUCAUACUUGAGCUGAAGCAAGAAUCAGAGAAGGUAAAGAGGCUUGAGUGUGACCUCCAGAAAGUGAACCAGUCUCUUCUCAACAGCGAGAAAAAGAAGGAGGAAGCAGAGGACAGUGUGUCGGCCAUUGAGAUGGAACUUGCGGGAAUAACGUCGGAGCGCGAUGCUCUCCAGAAGCGGGCAGAGUCCAGUGUGGAGAUGCAGGAGAAGGAGCAGGCUGAGCUGAAGGACAGGCUGGAGAAGUCGGAGAAGGAGCUGCAGAAUGUCCUCCAGAAGCUGGGGGAUGCAGCACACAUGGCUGACAAGUAUAAGGUGGAGUUGGUGAGUCUGAAGGCUGAGGUGGCGGCUGCAGAGAAGAAAGUGAGUCAGAAGGAGAGUGAUCUGGAAAGUUUGAUGUCCAAACAUCUGGAGGCUGAGAAGCAAGCAGAACAGAGACUUGCAGACUCCGAGGUCAUGUGGGAGGGAAAGAUCGCAAACCAUGUCGAGCAGCAUGAGAGCAAGGUGACCAGUUUGGAGGGGGAGCUGGAGCGAGUGAGGGCUGCCCUGGGGGAGAGGGAGGAGCUGCUGAGGGGGGUCAGGUCAACCCUGGGGGAAACACAGACAGACUUGGAUGGACUCCGGACGUCGCUGCAGGAGAGGGAAGGGGAGCUUGAGAGUGUAAGGAAAUCCCUUGAGAACAAAGACAGGGAGCUCCUGAAGGCUCGGGAACAGCUGAGCUCUGGUGGAGGACCUUCCAGCAACACAGAGAUGUUGCAGAAGUGGGAAAGCCAGUGUUCUAAUCUACAAUCGCAGUUGUCGGCAGAAAAGAUGAAGGUGAAACGCCUCACUGAUCAGCUGAAGAAGGUGAAAGCUCAGACAGAAGAUGCUGGCUCACAGACGCUGCAGGAGAAGGUGGAUGAGCUAUCAAGUCAGCUGGAAGGACACAUACAGAAUGAAAAGGAGUCGUGUCGGAAGCAGUUUGCCCUUGUGACCGAGAACAACAAGCUGAAGGCUGACUGUGCCAGACAGAAGGAUCUCAUCUCAUCCAUGGCAAUUGCAAUGAAGAGCAAGACCAUGAGCAUCAAGCAGGUGGCGGUGGAAGACCGGAGCAAGAUGCCUGACAGUGUGCAGAAGUCAACUGAAACCAUGCCUAAUGAGGCAAUGGUUCCUGCAGCAAAUGCAGAUAUGACCACACCAGACCAAAAACAUAAUAACACUCGAAACAUUGGUCUUAAUUCUACAGAGAAUGAGAGAAAAACACGACUCAGGACAAUAAAGGCUCCAAGUGUAACCAGAAAAUGUGCUUCGAGAGAGGUGACUCCUAAUUCUAAAGAUGUGUCGCAAACAGAGACAUCCGAGGUUCCGUGUAAAACAAGAAAAUGUACGCCAACAGAGACUAAUCCAUCCAACAAGUUAGAAAAGAGGUCAAGGUUGCAGAAAAUGCCAGCACCAAGUGUGGUGAAAAAAUGUGCCUCAAGGGAGGUAACCCCGAACAAACUGUGUACAGACCCAGCACCAUCUGACAGAUGUGCUUCCAAACAAAAGACUCCUGAGUCUAGAGACACAAGCAGCCAGCUGACGGUCAAGAGGACUUCACUGCCUAAGCGGAAGAGUGAUCAAAGCGAAGAUGUAAUUGCACCGAAAAGACGCAAGGAAGGACCAAGUCAAGACAAGCUUGAUGCACCAGAUGUAACACCUAAAACUGCUGACAGUGGAGACGUUAAAACAGCAGCUAAAAGGAGCUUACUAUCUUCUCGAAUUCGGCCAAGAAGUCAGCUGCCCCGAUCAGGUCCAUCAGCACCAACAACAGAACCUACAUCUGAACCUCCGGCCUCGUCAUCAUCUACAACUUCUGGUCUCCCUCGUACCAUGAUGACAAGGAGACAGAGCAAGAUAGAAAUCAAGGCACCAAUAGCAGUCAAGCCCCUUGGCUCGAUCACAAACAGCCCUCAGAAGAAGCCUCCUUCUGCUCUCCAAGAGCCACCUAAACGAGUCAGCACCCUCAGCCUCAACAAAAGUCCAGAACUGAAGCACCUGCGGCGUACGCGGCAGCAGAAACAACAUGAGCCACACAGUGAACAGCAGGGUGGAGACGGGGAACCCAAGAAAGACUGCAAAGUGCAGUAGUUGUCACAAUAACAGAAAACACAGCUGCAAGGUGCAGAGGUUACUGCAAUUACAGAUAACAAAGACUGCAUAUGCUGCUGUUAUCACAAGUAACAGAUCAUCUGUUAUAUUCCUAUUACGUACAAGGUCCCCGGACGCUGGCAGGAACAGGACAGAAACAUUCUCUUCAUUCCAGACCUGAUUCUAUUCAUUCCUAUUAAACCAUUGAAUACUCCCACCCCCAUCAUUUGGUGCACCCAUUGCGGCUAGUCCCUCCUACAGCAGUAACCCCUUCCCGGUGAUGUAACAGAAAACAGGAUGACUCCAGCAAAUAUUACGCCAAGGUUGAGGUGAACGGCCUGGAACUAGAGCAGACUCGAUGCUGCUGGUGUGCCCAGUGUCGACACAAUGUUAUCAUUGUCCAAACAUCAUGAUAGAGAGUGGACCAUUCACAUAUAUUUCUUGCCAAAUAUGUCAGCAUUAAAAUAUAUAACUGUAUCAUCAUCAUUUCAUCAUGGUAUGUGGAGAUGCACAUUUGUUUUCAUCACUCAUUGAUGAAGAAAUUAUGACCUAAAUACAUAUUGUCCUGGGUUUUUUAAUAUUCAUUUCAUCACCAUAUAGACUGACGACAAAUGUUAUAGCAUUUAAGUAAUCAUAUUUGUUCUUGAGGCUGAAAAUAGUGUAUCAAAUUCAUUUCAUUUAUUAACACUAGUUUUAUUUCAUGUUAAUAGCUUUCAAGUAAGCAGCAUCUCCCUUGCUAUAACCAUGUGGUGAUCCUAGAGCAGUAUAGUUCCACUUCACCCAGCACAUCGUACAUCUUACUAAAAUCUGCAGGCUGCCGUGUAGCGGAAAUACUGCUGACUGAGGUUAACACCUUGUUGCUGUGUAACCUGGCAGCCAAUACUGUUAACAUACUGUAAGCAUACUGUUAGCAUACUGUUAGCAUACUGUAAGCAUAUGUUCAUGAAAUGUUUACUUUUAAUAGUUUCCCGUCACAUCCUAUUUUUAUGCUCACCCCAUGGUUUCCCAUCUCGAGUUUUACUGUUCACUAGAUAUUUAGGAUAUGGUGUAUAUUUCAAUACUUAAGUUUUUAUGCAAUUUUUAUGCACUGUGUACAUUCAACUUCUUGUCCAUACGUCGUGUCUCGUGUAUAAAAAGAAGGAUAUUUAUUUUGUUCUGUACAUAUAUACAUAAUAACACCUUUACUUAUAUAACUCUUUCAUAUCAGUAAGAUUAUAAGAGUUAUCAAAUAUUCAGUUGUUAUAGCUUCCUACUUCACACCUGAAUUCUACGUCAAAGAGUUGUUUCCCUUUGCCCAUGACCCCGAGCUCCUGUCUCACAGCCUGUAUAUCAUGUAUAUAUACAAUGUAUCUGUAUCUGCACCCGUUGUACAUGCCUACACUAAUGUAACAUCUAUGUCAUAAACAUUCAUCAUGA